AUGCGCCUCCACACGUUCACGCUCGUCGUGUUCACUGCGGUUCUAGCACACAGCGCGAACUCUACGAAGACGUCCAACUCGACGACGACGGAAGGUGCUCCCCCGGCAAGUCUUCGUUCCUCUGACGCGUGCUGCGAUGACGUCCCUGUUGAGCAGAGGCUGGGUCCACACGAGACCACGGCGGUCGAAGAGAGGAUGCCAGAGCCAUGGAUUCCAUCAUCAGUUAACAGCGCAGUUGCUCGUCUCGUGGAAAAGUUGCAUGCGCAAUAUCCGGUGGAGCUCGCGGUCGAGAACUUUCCUGUAAACGUGUUGCGAGAAUUCGAUGAGAAUGCUAUCCGACACCUUUUUCGUUCAGAAUCGGCACACAUGACAACAGAGCAGCUGCCGGAACACGCUCAAAUUGUUGAUCGCUGGCUGCAAAACAAACUCGAAAAAGGACCCAGACUGAUCGCAGAGGCUCGCCAAGUAUUUCUUGCACAUGAGGCGGAAAUGGGAGCAACGGUUCACCAAGAUUUUUUUGCACGUCAGGCGGAAAUGGGAGUGGAAACUCCCCAAUAUUUUCUUUCACUCCAGGCGGAAAUGACAGCAGAUGGUCACCAAUUUAUUCUUGCAGACCAGGCGCAAACAUUAGUUAAGGCUCACGAAAUGAUUCUCAAACACCAGGAGAUAAUGAUAGCAAAGACUCGCCAAGAUUUUCUUGCACACCUGGAGGAAACGACGGCUCAGGCUCGCCGUUCUUUUAUUGGAAUCGAGGCGGAUUUGACAGCUAAGGCUCACAAAUAUGUUCGUGCAUACGUGGCGAAAACGACGGCUCAGGCUCGCGACUUUUUUCUUGCAAACCAGGCUAAAAUGACUGCAGAGGCUCGCGAUUCUUUUCUUGCACACCAGGCGGAACUGACAGCUAAGGCUACCCAGUCUUUUCUUGCAAACCAGGCGGAAUUGACAGCUAAGGCUACCCAGUCUUUUCUUGCACACCAGGCGGAAUUGACAGCUAAGGCCACCCAGUCUUUUCUUGCACACCAGGCGAAAAUCGACAGCAAAGGUUGA